AUGGCUGCUGCCACGCGACCGUCAUCAUGGCGGAGGUGGCCGGCUAUCGCUGCCGUAGCGGCUGCGGCCGUCUCUCUCUUUACGAGCGGCGCACAGGCUGCGUCGGCCGGCGACUACUUUGUGCACUCGCUGCCGGGCGCGCCGCCAGGACCGUUGCUGAAGAUGCAUGCAGGCCACAUUGAAGUCACACCAGAACACAACGGCAACAUGUUCUUCUGGCACUUCCAAAACAAGCACAUUGCGAACCGGCAACGGACCGUCAUCUGGCUCAACGGCGGCCCGGGCUGUAGCUCAGAAGACGGCGCCAUGAUGGAGGUGGGCCCGUACCGCCUCAAGGACGAGAACACGCUGGUGUACAACGACGGCGCGUGGAACGAGUUUGCCAACGUCAUGUUCGUCGACAACCCCGUCGGCACGGGCUUUAGUUACGUCGACACCGACAGCUACAUCCACGAGCUAGACGAGAUGGCCGCACAGUUUAUGACGUUUUUGGAGAAGUGGUUCGCGCUGUUCCCCGAGUACGAGCACGACGAUCUGUACCUCGCGGGCGAGUCGUUUGCGGGCCAGCACAUCCCUUACAUCGCCAAGUACAUCCUCGCACGCAACAAGAAGCCCGAAACGAAGACCAAGUGGGAGCUCAAGGGCAUGCUCAUCGGCAACGGCUGGAUCUCGCCGCCCGAGCAGUACGAGGCCUACCUCGACUUCGCCUACGAAAAGAACCUCAUCGCCAAAGACUCCGUUGCUGCGCAAGCGCUGGAGCAGCAGCGCCGCAUCUGCCUGAAGGACUUGGCCGCCGGGACCAUACGCAGCGUGGACAUGCCGUCGUGCGAGAGCAUCCUGCAGCAGCUGCUCCUCAAGACCAACCUCAACAAGGGCGGCGACCAGGACUGCAUCAACAUGUACGACGUGCGCCUGCGCGACAGCUACCCGAGCUGCGGCAUGAACUGGCCGCCCGACCUCAAGCACCUGACGCCCUACCUGCGGCGCCCUGAAGUCGUCACCGCCCUGCACAUCAACCCCAACAAGAACACGGGCUGGUCCGAGUGCAACGGCAACGUCGGCUCGCAGUUCCGCGACCGCCAGUCGCAGGCAUCGAUUACGUUCCUGCCGGACCUGUUGGCCGAGGUGCCCGUCAUUCUGUUCUCGGGCGCCGAAGACCUGAUCUGCAACCACCGGGGCACCGAGGCACUCAUUAGCAACAUGCAGUGGAACGGCGGCAAAGGCUUCGAACUGAGCCCGGGCAACUGGGCCCCGCGGCGCGAGUGGACGUUUGAGGGCGAGAACGCCGGGUUCUGGCAGGAGGCGCGCAACCUCACGUACGUGCUGUUCUACAACUCGUCGCACAUGGUGCCCUUUGACUUCCCGCGGCGCACGCGCGACAUGCUCGACCGCUUCAUGGGCGUGGACAUUAGCAGCAUCGGCGGCACGCCGACGGACUCGCGCCUAGACGGCGAAAAGGGUGCCGAGACGUCGGUGGGUGGCGCCGCCGGCAACAGCACGUCGCAGCAGGCGGCGGAAAAGGCCAAGCUGGACGCGGCCAAGUGGCAGGCGUACCGCAAGAGCGGCGAGGUCGUGCUGGUGAUUGUGGCCGUCGCCGCCACGGCGUGGGGCUACUAUGUCUGGCGCGAGCGCCGCAAGGCCCGCCGCGCCGGCUACCGCAACGUGGCCAACGGCCCGUCGUCGUCGGACACGCGGCUCCCUAUGAUGCAGGGCGCCCGCAGCAGCUGGCAUGGCAACAGAAAUGGCCAUGGCAGCGGCGGCGGCGGCGGCUCGCGUCUCGAGAGCUUCGGCCGGCGGCGGUCCAACCGCGACCUCGAGGCGGGCGAUUUUGACGAGAACGAGCUGGACGACCUGCACGCGACAUCGCCGACAAACGAGGACCGGCGGUACAGCCUGGGCGGUGACAGCGACGACGACGGUGGCAAUGCAGGCGGCGACAACAAGGCGGCGACAAAACCGGCUGGCAACGGCGUGGACGCAAAAAAGGACAGCAACAAGUAG